AUGAGUUGGGGUGGUUUUAAAAAAGCUGUUCAUAGAGCAAGUAAUACAGUGAUCAUUAAAGAUAUUGAUAAAAUUAAUGACAAAGAUUUUGAAUUGGAAGAAAGAAAAUAUGGUACAUUAAAGAAAAAUUGUCAACAAUUGGUCACUGAAUCAAAGGGUUAUUUGGAUUCCUUUAGAAUCGUAUCAUCAUCACAAUUAAAGAUUGCUGAAGUUCUUCAAAAUUUAAAUAAUGAUGUGGAUUCAACAACUAAAGGCUCGUCUCAUCAGAAUGCUAAUGAAUCUUAUUUACAGAUUGUCCAGGAUCUUGAUUCUCAAGUGAUGAAACGUUUAGAUGAACCAUAUAUUGAAACAGUAAUGAAUCCAAGUUUAAAAUUUGAAAGAUAUUUUAAAGAAAUUGAUGAAGCCAUUGUGAAAAGACACCAUAAAAGAAACGAUUAUGAGGCUGCAAAGGCUAAAGUAAGAAGAUUGACCGAUAAACCGUCAAAGGAUGUCAAUAAAUUACCAACAUGUGAAAAAGAAUUACAACUAAGCAAAGAAAUUUAUGAAUCUCUUAAUAAUCAAUUGAAACAAGAACUUCCACAAUUGAUUCAAUUAAGAGUACCAUAUUUCGAGCCAUCAUUUGAAGCUCUGGUGAAGAUUCAAUAUAGGUUUAGUACAGAAUCUUAUACAAAGUUAUCUCAAGUUCAACAAUAUAUCGAUCCACAAUUGAGGAAUCAUUACAUUGAUGGUACUUUGGAUAGAAAUAUUGAAAAUUUAUUAAAUCAAAUGAAAAACUUGGAUAUUUGUACAUUAGGUUUUGCAACUUAA